AUGCUUGGUGCUUGGUUGGUCGGGCCGAAGGAUUCAGUCGGUGCGAGGGGAUCGCCGCCCCCUUCUACCCCGGUCUACGCCUGCGGGCCCCACCAGGGCUACCCCCCUUCCUACAAUGUUAAUUACCCCAACUACCCAAUUGCCUACAGCCCCCACCACAAAUACGACCCCACCCUCCAAAAUCCCUACCACCCUUACCCCAACACCGGCGACUUCUACUAUCCCCAGCAGCACUACAAGACGCUGGUUCCUGACGGUGGGGACAGUUCAUCUUCGUUCGGCCGUCUCAUGCUCAUCCUUAUGGCUGUCCUUGUGACCGCCAUGUGCAUGAUGACCCUCGUCAUGUGGUUCCUCUUCGGGACAUACAUCCCGGAAUUCAACGUCGCCUCACUCAAAGUCUCCAACUUCACCGUCUCCAACGUGACCCUCACAGGCACAUGGGACGUGGGCGUCUCGGUCGCCAACACCAACAAGGACCUUGCCAUCAGCUUCGAUCGGGUCAUGUCCUCCAUCUUCUACAAGGAGGCUCUGCUCGGGAUAUCCGCGGUGAGGCCCUUCCAGGUGGGCCAGAUGCAGCACACGGAGUUUAACUUCAGUAUGCCGGCCGAGCAGAAUAUGGAAGAGAACAAGCUGCAGGGAUGGGUGCUGCCCACACUGGAGCAGGAUCAUGGGAAUGGAAUGGUGGUGUUCAGCCUCAGGCUCGCACUCAAGGCAAAUUUCACCACGCAAAACAUGGUAUACAGACAGGAGAACAUGAGGGUCAUGUGUGAGAACAUGCAGCUCAUCUUCUCUGCGGCCACUGGCAAUGGAACAUUGUCUCCCGGGAUGAGAACCAAUUGCUUGAUACGGGUUAACGAGGGACUCAAGGACUACUAA